AUGCCGCCGUUUCUGUCCAACUUUAAGUCGAGAACUACUUCGUUGCUUGACAAUAUCACCGGCGUAAUUCCGGAAUCGCCUCCCAAUAGCACUUUCAAGGACAAGUCUCUCACCUGUAGGAGGUGCGGCAAUCGCUUUCGUGACCGUCUUGAGCUCAGCUCCCACUUCAACCUCUUGCCGCAUCAUUCCGAUUACAGCGACAGCUUCGACUUUGACUCUUUCACACGUCCCAAAGGCAGGCGCUCAAAGACACUUGAUCAGCAUGCCGAUCUAGGCAAAGCAGCAGCACGCGACCUCGUCGUCUCUCCUUCCUUCACCACUUUCAGCGAAUCUCAAGCUUACUACAACACAAUCGACAAGGACAAGCAUAACCAAAGUGAAAGCCGCCCCGCUUUUCUCCGCAAAUUUCCCACCUUCACCAACUUGACUACCAUUGCGAGUGAUGAUCAACUGCGAUCCCCGCCGGCCACUGACUACGCCAACCAAGAUGCUGUUCAGUCUCCGACUUCUUCUAAAGCAAAAGGGAAGCAGCGUGCCACACCUCGACUCCCACAAGACGGUUCCUUUCAGUACGGCCAGCCGCUCGCAUCGUCAGACGAAGAAAGUGAUCCACCCGCGCUUGGCAUGUCAUCAAAGUCCGCCGUCAGUCCCCAUCGCUUACGAGCUCGUAGUGCAACGAUUCAGAACUUGACUUCCGAGUCCGAGUCAAAUGCCCUAGCACGUACCUCGCUCUCCUCCAUCGCGUCCAGAAGCGGAAGCAGUGGUAUAAACAGACAAGCUCCGCCACUGCCUCCUAAGCUGCCCGCGUUCGACUGGCAGCCAAAAGACGAAAAGCUGGUUCCCAAAUUUUCAGACGAUGUGGACGAGGUUUGCUCUGUCGCUUCUGAUAGCAGUUUUCGGACUGCUGGUUCCGCUGGUAGAGUUAGCUCUGAGAAGGCGCAACUCGAAGCGUUGUACUCACAAGAAAAGCUGUCAAGCAAAAAUUCCGACAAAGGCGCUUUUGCAUCCUCUGUUCAAGGUAGCUUUGCUAUUCCCGGCGUUGGCCACGGUGUACUUCGCUCCGAGCGAGACCAACUCCGAACACCAGCUCGCCAUUGUAGCGAGUCCAACCUAUUGCUCGAGUCUAUGGAUGCUUCUCACGACGACGCGCCCCCGUCUUAUUACGAGCUGCACGGAGAUACAGAUCCAUUCAACGAUCUGCCUACCAGCGCACUUGAUCGCUCACCCCACACUGCAUCCCGCUCAGAAGGCUUCGCCACCAUGCCAGGCACACCGGUAAGCCGCGUUGGCUCGCAUCAGCCUCGACGUUCUCGAGGCGCCACAAACGCAAACACAUGGUCGUCUUUUGCUUCCGAGGCACGUUUCCCCGUCACUUUUUCAUCUUUUGAUGGCCCUGACCAACGGAAUGACGAGGAAGACCUUUACAACCCCCCCUCAGAGGAGUCAUCUCGACGUCCGGUCAAAUCGAAAUCAAUUGAUCUUCCUGCCCUCGUUUCCUCUUCGUCCUUCUCGUCGUCGCCGUCGCCAUCGACGCCCAAGACGCCCGUGGUCUUCUUUGACGAUGCACCGCUGGCCGCUCAACCUCUGACUUUGCCGCGUCCCGCCAAGCCGAGCUCAUCUGUCCGUCGCAGAAGCCGUCACAACAGUCGAGCAAAGUCAGAUGCGGCUGCACCGAGCACGAGAUGUCCCACUUGCUUUGUCAAGUUCAGCUCGCUUGACAAGACUUUACAGCACCUUGACAAUUCCGAGUGUGGCGCGGUCGAGUUUGAAAGCGGCAUCAAUUAG